CACGAAGUCACGCAACUGGAGCACAAAUUUCCAGCUAAAAUUCAUAGGUUGGCACAAAGACGACUUCUUGGGUACAACAGCUUUGUCAUUUUCCAGAAAUGUAGUUUAUUUUCUUUUUAUUCAUCUUGAUCUUGUGUGCACAGCUGUAUAUUAAAAAAAUUGUCCUCGCAAUAACAAGGUUCACAGCUGAUAUUGUUACGUAAGAUGUCUUUAUAAAGCGGAAAACGUAACGACGUUAAUUUUUCGUCUGGCUUUCAAUAGGAGGAAGGUUUAGAUUGAAUAGAUAUGACGGAAAAGCCUUUAGGUAUCGUGGUUGUUGGAUUGGGAAUCGCUGGAAAAGUCAGAGUGAGAGAUUUGAAGCAGAAAGUUUUAGGAGACAGUGUUGUUCUUCGCGGAGUGAUAUCCAGGUGAGAUUAAUCGGAUUCAGUGGUUGUUAACUUAUUGGGUAAUACACUUACGCAUGCCUUUUCAUAAUCGUUUGCUUCUUUCCCUCAAAGUAGAUGGCGGAAGCAACCCCAGAAUUAUAUAGCUCUUUGAAAGCCCAUUUAGAGUUCAUGACAGGCGGGAAUGGGGAGGAGGGGUGUGAAGGAUGGAGGACGGAAUUCCAUCGCAUGUUAUGAUGAUUUAAACAGCUUGCUGUGCAGUAGGGUUUGGUAGUUUAAUUCUUUGAUCUCGAGUUAGUUGCCAUUGAAAGAGAGCUGAGAAUAAUGUAAUUUAGUUUACUGUUUUAAAAAGGAUUUUAAAACCCGUGAGUCUUUUGACCCUGCCUACAGCACAAAUUUGAUCAGAAGUAUUCAAGUAAGUCUGUGAUAUUUUUUAGUCACCCACAGUUACCUUUGCAUGAAUGAAGGUAUGCUUAAAGUUAUUUUUGAAUGAAAUGGGUUAAAUUAAUUCUAUUUAUUUGUGUGGAUGGUUUAUUUUGUGUAGUUAAUUAUACUUUUUAGGUGAUUUCAUUUAUUUAAUAAUUUUAAUAGGAGGCAAGUAGAAGAUGAUCUACCUGUUCUAGACUGGGACGAAGCCUUGACAAGAGAUGAUGUGGAUGCUUUUGUCAUUUGUACAGAAAAUGACACCCAUGAAGAGUAUGCCAGGUGAUCAUGAUCUUAUAAAUGACUUUUUCUUCUUCCUAAUUCAUCAAAACUUGGGAGAUGUAAUAAUGUAGUGGUUAAUUAGCAUAUGUUAUAGGUAUUGUGGAAGGCUCUAUCUUCUAUGUCCUUAUUAUUUCCUUUUGGCCAAUUCUCUUAUAGCACAAUUUUCAUUUUACAGAAAAAUCCUAGAACAUGGAAAGCAUGUUUUGGUGGAUUUUCCUCUAUGUUUGACAGCGGAGGGUGGUAAAAAGAUCUUUGAUUUAGCAGAAAGUAAAGGUGUGUACAUAAAAUUUUCUGUAUAUAACUGUGAAAUACCUGAAUAUAGUUAUAGGUUUAAUGUGUGUCCUUGGGUGUGAUAAGGAUGUGAAAUAAUUUACAUCAGGCUUACUUAAUAUACAGAUGUUUCUUCAUGAUAUAUUUUAUGCGUGGAAAUAAUUUGAGAAUUAGAAAUAAUUUGAUUUUCUGCUUCCUUUUUGGGACGUUGUAUAGUAUGGGAGAUCUUGUGGGGAAAAAUAUUAUGUCAAGACUAUAUAAAAUGGCUACUGGAACUAAUGGUCUGUUUGUAUAAGCUGAUUUAGAAGGGCCUGGUAAGAGGGGAAUGCAACCUGUUCAGACAUUGUUUUCACAGCAUUUUUUGAACUGUUAUUUUUAUGUUCUUAAAUAAGUAGCGAUUAGGGCCGUUUUUCCUGCCAGUUGCUUUUAAUUUCCAUUUUCACCCCCCUUGUUUUUGGUUUGUGGUUGUGUUGGCUAAGAUUGUAAAAUUCCCUCCUAGAAACAAAGUAGAGUUUCCAUUCAGUGAGCCAUAUUGUGGAAUGGUUUUGAAGUUUUUUUCUUCGGUUUUCAGGGUUGACCUGUCAUGUUGAAGACAUAGCUCUUCUUCUUGAUUCCCACAAGGAUAUGAAGCACGCUAUUCAAAACAAAAAUGUUCCUUUUAUUGAGGGUACCAUUCGUCUAGAUGCCAGAUUUCUCAAGGAGUGGAUCGCUGACAUAAGGCGAGCUGGGUUUCCAAGUUUCUCUGGAAUUUCACAAUUGGAGAUUUUGUAUGAUUUGUUUGGUGAGCUAUCAUUACAAGAAGCUCACUUUGAACAUGAAACUGAUCUUCAUCGCCUUACUUGUAAAUUACACACCUUGGACAACAGGUAAGUUAGACAUUUCAGAAAAUUAGCCUCUUUUAUUGAUUGUGAUACAAUUGUCUGGCUAAAGAAAGUUACACAAUUCAAAUCUGUCCCAGAGUGCUAGAAAUUGUCUUUAGAGAGUUUCAAAUUUCAUUUUUUUUCAGGGGAGCAUGACUCCAGACCCCUUAAGAAGGGAGUGCAAAAAUGAAAAAAAUGUAGUGGGGUGUUUUGUCGUGAAAGAGUAACAAUUUUUAUCUAUUACAAAUUGCAGUGGACAUAUUUAUAUUAUGUGGGCUGAUUGAUGAACAUACUCUUGGCAAAAAUUUUUUUGAAAGCAAUUCUGCAGAAGAAUAUAUGACUAUAUUCCAUGUUUGCCUUCAAUUGCUCCCCCUUCAUACAUACCAAAAGGCAAAUUUUGUCGUAAGGAGAAGGGGGAAGUUUUGUAAUUGUUAUUUUUUAUUGAAAAAAAGCAGGGUGUCUCCAAAAGUUAUGUUGAAGGUCAUGGUUACUGGGGCUGCGUUUUGCCCAAUUGAAUUAUUUUUUGAUAAUAAAUCAUUUUGUAGGCCAUUAACUUGGAUAAGUGAACGAGUACGUGGUGGGAAACCAAGGCAAGCAUCCCAGGAGUAUAAAUUUGAAGAUGGUACUACUGUGACACCAGCGCCUGUUUUCAAACCCCCUGGUCCACCUCCCCCUGGCCACAAGGGACUGUUUGCAAGGGAUCUAGAGAUAUUUCUCUCUGAGGUACGGGGGGAACGCAGCUCUGAUGAAAUUGCUCAAGACAAGAAACGAGUGCUUUACUGCCUCGAGUUGGCAGAAAAGAUUGAAACAAUGACCAAAACUGGAACCUGUUCUUAGUACAUAACUCCAAAUACUGAUAGUAUCAAGUGGACAAUUUGAAAAUACGCUUAACCCCCAAAAAGGGAUAUCAAUGAAAAUAGCUUUCAUAGAACUUCAAAGAAGCCAGUGAAGGAUUGUUGCAAUAAAAUGUAACGGCUUUUAUUUAGAAGCGAUCUGUUGCUAUGUUUCUUGUGGGUGUGUUACUUUUACUUCAUGGUUUAUCACUAACUAGUUUCGUGAGGCACAAAAUUUUGUGAAAAGGAAUGGCCUAUUUUAGCGCGGUC